AUGCAGGACUUUACUGGCAUUUGGCUAGCGCCUGGAAAGAUUUGUCCUACGGACCAUUCUCCCAUCCGGCGCAAAGGUCGACCAGUACACAGUCACACCGUCCUUCUGACAUUUCGUCCCCACUCAUCGCCCAAAAAAUUCUUGAUCAUCGCUCUUCUUGAUGUUAAAGCCUAUCUUGUCAUCCGUCGCGUACCACAUAACCAAGCAACAUUCAACUCGAGCUUCGGAUCUAGCGGCGUAACUCAAAAUGCAGCCGACGCAGCUUGGAAGACAUACGACUAUGUCGUUGUAGGCGGCGGUCUCACUGGCCUUACCGUCGCUGCUCGUCUGGCCGAAAAUCCAUCAACCAAGGUUCUGGUCAUCGAAGCCGGCGGCGAUAACCGAGCAGACCCUCGCGUCUACGACAUUUAUAAAUACGGACAGGCAUUCAAUUCGGACUUGGACUGGCAAUUUCCUACGGAGCGCGGAAACAUCGCAGGCGGUAAAACUCUUGGAGGCAGUUCUUCUAUCAACGGGGCUGCGUGGACGCGCGCCUCCAAGGCCCAAUACGACGCUUGGGGAUCGUUUCUGAAACCCGAAGAGUCUUAUCUCAACUGGACAUGGAAUAGCAUGUUCUCCUACAUGAACAAGGCUGAAACCUUUUCUCCGCCUAACAGCGAGCAGCGCGCAAAAGGUGCCGAUGCAGUCAAUGACUAUCAUGGUUACAGUGGACCCGUCCAAAUCACAUUUCCAAGUAAAAUGUACGGGGGGCCUCAGCAAGGGGCGUUCGUCAAGUCAAUUCAGUCUGCUGUCGGCAUCAAGAAAUGCGCUGAUAUUAGUGGGGGAGAUGCAAAUUGUGUGGCUUAUACUCCUAACGUGAGAGAAUCUUCCCUUAACGGACACUGUAACUUAUAUGCCCACCAGUCUAUCAACUGGCGUGAAUCCGAUCACCGAUCUUCCGCUGCCUCCGCCUAUCUAACUCCCGUCGAAAGCCUACGAAAGAACUGGCUCACCCUCGUCAACCACCAGGUUACCAAACUACUCUGGACAACGGACAACUCCAAGUUCGCUUAUGGCGUCGAGUUCCGCCAAACUGACGUCCCAUGUACUCCCUUCCAAGUCUACGUGACUAAAGAAGUCAUUUUAGCCGCUGGGGCCAUCAAUACACCAGCUGUUCUUCAGCGGUCAGGAGUAGGCGACCCCGCACUCAUGAACCCGCUCGGCAUCCCUACCGUACUCAACAUUCCCACCGUCGGAAAGAAUCUACAAGAGCAGACAAUGAGCGUGCUGGGCUCUAGUAGCAAUGGCUUUGAUCCAAAGGGCGAUGGCCCGAGCGACGUGAUCGCAUUCCCAAAUUUUUACGAAUUAUUCGGUAGAGAAGCAGCCCCGAGGGCAUCUGAAAUUCGGAGUAGUCUUGAUCGAUGGGCUACCGAGCAAGCAAGCAAUGCGCUAUCAGCAAAAGCACUCAAGGACAUUUAUGGGAUACAAGCUACGUUGAUACUGGACAAUAAGGGUACGUUCACUCAGCAUUCUGUAAUGGCCCUGUACUAA